UACGGUGGGCUUUAAUUAAAUUAGAGUCGGUGAGCUGGGAUAGGCUGGGAGUUCACUCGGUCCAGACUGCAGGAAAUCCGACGUGGACUAUAAACCCGCAGAAACGGAUAGACAAACAAGCGAAUGACUUUAAAUCCAUGCGGAAAACUUCAUCAGAUUUUCUGCUGUGGCUCUGAGGUUAUUGUGUAUCUGUUUUUAGUCUGAGAGUGUUACAACAUGCCACGGCGGACUGUACUAGAAGUAACUGUUCAAGACGUGCAAAAGAGAAGAAACCCCAACAAACACUAUGUUUACAUUAUCAAGGUGGCUUGGUCUGAUGGCAGCACUGAGAACAUUUUCAGGCGCUACAGUAAAUUCUUCGACCUUCAGAUGGAGCUUCUGGAUAAAUUCCCUGUGGAAGGUGGACAGAAGGAUCCUAAACGCAGAAUCAUUCCCUUUUUACCAGUUUCUGCUACAAAGUACUGA